GCAACACUUCACCAAUCCAAUAAUACGUCUCAUGCUGGACGUCAAGAAGACUCUCAAAGGAGAGUUGGAAUCCUAUCGUAUGCGAAUAGUAUGGUCUAUCAAUCCCGAACAAGACGCGAUGGAUGUAGACCAUCGAGAAGUCGUAUUUGAAGACAUUGACUUGUUGUCGUUCUCGUCUCCAGAUACAGUGAGGAACCUGGGAUAUGCAGGGUCCACCGAUCCCGGCCUUCCUCUUAAAGCUGUGUAUCGUGAUUGUGUGGUGGGCAUUCGCUACCUGCACCCACGAAUCGUCCCGGCUGGACAAAGUCCAGUAUAUCGCCGGAUACAAGUGAAUUUCAAGGUCGCGAAGGACGCUGCAAGUUUCAUUGACGCUGUUCGUCAAGUCUGUCCCUGUAAAGCAAACCCUCCUCCUGCACAAGGUCGCGCAAUGACGAUGGCGAACAAUACCUCUACUGCAACAAGUGUAGAUAUGCCACCACCUCCACAUCCUCGUCCCCGGAUGCCGGCUUCGGCCACAGCUUCUACUCUAACAGCCAACCCGGUUCGUGCUGUAAAACCUCCCGUCAGAGCUUCCACGAUAUUGGACGGUAGUAUACAAUCAGAACAACAUGCAAUGUCUGUCUCCGCUCUCCUCAAUCCCUUGGACAACCCAACCACUACAUUGAUACCAAUCGCUCCAAUGGAGCCUUUCCGGACUCGUCCAUCACUGGACUCUGCUAUUUCUUUACCCUCAGACUUUGCCUUCACAAGUCAACUUGUAACUCCCGCGCUCUCUGUCGAUGGAUCUUCUUCUCUUGUGCCUCUCGUCACGCCUUCUCAUACUCACACGAUACUCGUACAAUCCGCUCCUGAAGCCCAUGUCGAUCCCACUUCAUUCUCGAACGUUGAAAUUCAUUCAAGUGAUGGCUCUGGCCUUAGUUCUUCGCAUCCCAGUUCUUCUGCCACCACCGACUCUUCGACUGCCUUGACGCCCGUACAAUCUCAGCUGAAUAUGCCCUCGACUGCUGUGUCUAACGCUACCUUCGAGGCACCUCACGCUGAAUUGCUAGACUCUCUUCGCGAAAUCCCUGAACUGUAUAAUCUCCCAAUGAAGGACCUAGAGAAACUCAUUGCUCAAAUCAUUCGUGAAGAUGGUUUCAUUCCGCUGCUGGAAAAACUGGAUUCCAUGUGGAGAAUCAAAGGCUUCCUGGCACUUGAUUGAAGGAAGCUUCUCCCUGAGAAAUACGGAGGGAGAGAGAGAGAAU